AUGCGGCAAGAUGCCGAAAGGAAUUCCAGGAAAAUACGUGAAGGUAAUCUAAGGUUGAAACAGGAAUUGGAAACCAGGAGACAAGAAAUCCAUAAGCAGCAACAUGAUAAGUUGGCUAGAAAAGGUAUUAGUAUUGACAAAGCAACAGCCGAAGCAGAGAAAGAAAAGAGUGCAAAUGAGAACGCUCUUCUCAAGUUAGCAGCCUUAAAGCAGAAGAAUUGCUGCGAGGAGGUCACGCGGCUUGUUGACAAAUAUGAGCAAGACGAAGAAAAUGCUUUCAGGGAGCAAUGCAAACUGGGAAAGGACCUAACUCGUAAACAGGAUCUUGAGAUGGAAAUAGCACAGUUGAGGGUAAAGUUAGAGGUAAUGAAGCACAAGCGAGCCGCGGCAGACGCAGCAAAGGAAAUCGAUAAAAUUUCUGAAGAGCUGAGAGAAAAAAGUGAACAGCUUGAUGCUAUAAAUUCUGCUACCGAGGCCCUUAUUGUUGCAGAACGAAGGAUCAAUGAAGAGCUUCAAGAAGCCAAGAAAGAACUUAUGGAGGGCCUUAUAAAAGAAGCAUCAGGAACUCGAUCCACUAUCGGGGUCAAAAGAAUGGGUGAGCUUGAUAAAAAGGCUUUUUGUGCUGCAUGCAAAGGGAAGUUUGCAAAAGCUGAUUUUGGAGAGCAGUUGGCAAUUCACUGUUCAAAAUGGGAAAAUGAGAUCGGCAACCCAGAUUGGCAUCUUUUCAAAGUUAUUACUGUUGAUGGAGAGGAAAAGGAAAUAUUCCAGGAAGACGACGAGAAGCUGAAAUCCCUCAAGGAAGAGCUGGGCGAGAAGGCGCACGACGUCGUGGUGAAGGCCCUUGCUGAGAUGAACGAGUACAACCCGAGCGGCCGGUACCCCGUGCGUGAGCUGUGGAACUUCAAGGAGAACCGGAGAGCGCCGCUGGAAGAGGCGGUGGCCUACCUGCUCAACCACUGGAAGAAGAACAAGAAGAAGAAGGCCUUCUACUAA